UCCCCCAAUUCUCUUCUUCCUUCAUCUCACCUUCCCCCAAGUUCCAACCCUGCUUCCCUUCCUCUUAUCCACGGCGUCUUCGCAAACGCCUUAGCUUAAAGCCUUCUCUUCUCUCCCAUUUUUAACCUCGAAAGCAACCAUGAGAGAGUGCAUCUCCAUCCACAUCGGCCAGGCCGGCAUCCAGGUCGGCAACGCCUGCUGGGAACUCUACUGCCUCGAACACGGCAUCCAGCCCGAUGGCCAGAUGCCAAGCGACAAGACCGUCGGUGGAGGCGACGAUGCCUUCAACACCUUCUUCAGUGAGACCGGUGCCGGCAAGCACGUCCCCCGCGCCGUGUUUCUCGACCUCGAGCCCACCGUGAUCGACGAGGUCCGCACCGGCACCUACCGCCAGCUCUUCCACCCCGAGCAGCUCAUCAGCGGCAAGGAGGACGCCGCCAACAACUUCGCUCGUGGCCAUUACACAAUCGGGAAGGAGAUCGUGGACCUGUGUCUGGACCGCAUCCGGAAGCUGGCCGACAACUGCACCGGCCUCCAGGGGUUCUUGGUGUUCCACGCAGUUGGUGGUGGGACCGGCUCCGGGCUCGGUUCCCUGCUUCUGGAGAGGCUCUCGGUGGACUACGGCAAGAAGUCGAAGCUCGGCUUCACGGUCUACCCUUCCCCUCAGGUCUCCACCUCCGUCGUCGAGCCUUACAACAGCGUCCUCUCCACCCACUCCCUCCUCGAGCACACCGAUGUCGCCGUCCUCCUGGAUAACGAGGCCAUCUACGACAUCUGCCGCCGCUCCCUGGACAUCGAGCGACCCACCUACACCAAUCUGAACCGCCUCGUCUCCCAGGUGAUUUCAUCGCUGACCGCCUCGCUCCGGUUCGAUGGUGCUCUGAAUGUGGAUGUGACCGAGUUCCAGACCAACCUCGUUCCCUACCCGAGAAUUCACUUCAUGCUGUCCUCCUAUGCUCCGGUGAUCUCGGCCGAGAAGGCCUACCACGAGCAAUUGUCGGUGGCGGAGAUCACCAACAGCGCGUUCGAGCCUUCUUCCAUGAUGGCCAAGUGCGACCCGAGGCACGGCAAGUACAUGGCCUGCUGCCUUAUGUACCGGGGCGACGUCGUCCCCAAGGAUGUCAAUGCUGCCGUGGCCACCAUCAAGACCAAGCGCACCAUCCAGUUUGUGGACUGGUGCCCGACCGGGUUCAAGUGUGGGAUCAACUACCAGCCGCCCACCGUGGUGCCCGGUGGCGACCUUGCCAAGGUUCAGCGGGCGGUGUGCAUGAUCUCGAACUCGACCAGUGUGGCGGAAGUGUUCUCGAGGAUCGACCACAAGUUCGAUCUGAUGUACGCCAAGCGGGCGUUCGUGCACUGGUAUGUUGGUGAGGGUAUGGAGGAAGGAGAGUUCUCCGAGGCUCGGGAAGAUCUUGCUGCGCUCGAGAAGGAUUAUGAAGAAGUCGGGGCUGAGUCAGCUGAAGGUGAGGAAGAUGAAGGAGAUGAGUACUAGAAAGUGUGACAAGCAAGUAACAAUGUUGAUGGCUGAGAUGUGGUUCUUUUUUGUUCUCUGUUCAGCCAAUGCACUACUCAUUGGUCUCCAGCCAAUACUAUCCCACUCUAUCGUUUGUUAGAUAUAUUAAAUUUUAUAUGCUUGCUAUCGAACUUCAAAAUUUUAAGUUCA